UUACAACUCGCUUCCUCUCUCUCGUUCUCACACCAACACUCUUAUCCCCGAAUCUUCACCAUCACUCUCUCUCUCUUCUCCGCAGAACACAAGGAAACCAAAGCACAAAACCGGACGGGGGUAGGAACUGAAUCUUAUCCUGAAUCAAUAGCUCUCUCAACAUGAGUGGAAAAUUGAAAUCGUGGCUAAAGAUGCCUUGAUCUCCUGCCUUCUUCGCUGGUUUCCCCCUUUCUGUGGGUAAAGAGAUUUUGUUCUCUUUUUCUUCCUUUAAAUUUAUGAAUCCUGGAUUUAAUCAAGAUCAUGGUUCUGUUUGUUUAUUCGAAAAGAAGAUUCCUUUUUUCUCUUUAAUUUUCCCUCUCAAGUGGGGAUUAAUUGUAUGUGAUUUUGGUGGACUUCAAAAGUAAAGAGAUUUUUUUUAAAAAUUGAUGGAGUUGACCUGCUAAUUAGUUUAAAAUAUCUUCUUUUCUUCUAGGGGAGUAUAGUUUAUUGCUCUAUGGUGUUGUUUGCAGGCAAGACCUCUUGUUUUCCUCUUCAUUAUUACCAGAGUGAAGGGUUUUCUUUUAACGUGGUCGCUUACCCUUUUUGUGAUAGCAGUUUUGAGGGAAAUGGUGAAUGGUAGAAAGGUGAUGGAAACCGAUGGCAAUAAGCCACAUUCCCAUCAUAAGGAUCACUUGGGAAAUGCAGAUGAUCCUAGGAAAGACAAGUCUGCAGAGAAAAUUGGGUUUGUUAACCACGCUGAAAUUGAUUGGCAUGAGAGAAGGAAGCAGUGGGUUGGUGAAUCUUCUCAACGGUCAAAAAGAAUGCCUAGAGAACAAAUUAUGAGCUGGGCAACGACAUAUGAAGACUUGCUAUGUUCUCAAGAACCUUUCCAACAGCCAAUACCUCUAGAUGAGAUGGUGGACUUCUUGGUUGACAUAUGGCUUGAAGAAGGGCUCUACGACUAAACGCAAAAGGGUAAACGUCAAUGGGUCUUAUUACUGACUGCUUUAACAGUCAAGGUUUUUAUGUUCUAUUUUUCCUCGAACAUGUGAAAGUUGAAGCUUGUAGAUCGUGAAAUGUGAAACCAUGUAGUAAACAUGUAAGAAUGGUCAUGGAUUCCUUUUGCAUAUACAUGAGAGAUGGAAUGCUAACUUCUAAAAUCAUGCGAAUUGUGGAUAAACUAGGAUCGCUGAAUCGUGUAGAAAAAAGCAUGGCAAAACCUGUGCAAAACGUUUUUCAUCUUUUCAUGGUACUGAAAAUUUUUAUGCAUUGUUAGUUGGUGGUGCCUAACUCAUUAGUAGAGCCAGGCUUUCUGUUCACUCGUUGACAUCAUGGUGGACAAAUUCGUUCCUAUUUUGUCACAAGUUUUUGACGUGUGCAGUGCAUCUUAGUGAUAUGGUUGGUGGGUUGGACUUUCAUUUUGCUGAAUCUUCUUUGGUCGGAUCCCAUUAACAUGAUGAUACACAUGUUCUCUAAACUACAAUAUUUUUGACCCAAUCCUGAGCCAGUGAGAAAAAUGGGUUAUAUCUAUAUUGAGGUGACACGCUACAAGGUUACCGUGUAAAAGGUCAUACGUUUUCUUUUUUACUGUUCGUUUGCAAAAUGCAUCUAUUUUUUGGGUUUUCUCUUCGCCUAUUUGGAUCGGCUGAGAAGGAGUUCAUACAAAAUGGGCAUAAAGCUUUGGUGUAACUAACAAAUCGUUCAUUGUACUUUGUUUAUGUAAUUAUCGAACAGAUGACUCCUGAAGAGGUUUAUGGAUAAUAAUCAUACAAACUUCUAAUGAGGAAGACUACUAUAACCGUGACAUGUGAGAGAAAGAAAGCUAAGGAUAAAGAAGGAAAGCAUUAAACUUGGGACAUAUAAGUGGUAUAAGGAAUUGUGAGUAUGUUCAAGUGACAUUCCAUGUCACUGUCAUGAAUUUUGAGAGUGUUAACAACUUCAAAUGGCGUAGUUUGGUGAUUGUGGGGCAAUAGGUGAUUGACGCAGUUAGUCAUUCUUUCCUACAAAUUCUCUCUUGAAAAAUUGUAAUCAUACUUGCCUGGUUCUCAAACCAAAGGUAGAAAAGGUGGAACAUAUGAAGAAGUUUCAACCUAUUAGUCUCUACUAGUUUUUUUUUUUAUAAAGUGAUUGCUAAAAUCCUGGUUGAGAGACUAGCAUGAUCUCUACUAUCGAUUAUCUUAUAUGGACAAUACUGAUUUGUCUUGGAAAAGCAUAUUGUUGAUAAUGUCCUUAUUGAAAAUAAAGUCAUGCAUUAUUU